UAUUCCAGGAAGAUGAGAUUAUGCUUUUAUUUUGAAAGUACCGUAAUGCAACAUGUACGCACUCGGAAUUAGGUAUAAACCGCCCCAUUAAUGCCUGUCCGUUUAUUCGUCGAGAUUAACUUGACGCGAAUAAUUUACAAACCACACAUUUCCACCUUUCACCUGCGGGUUGACUGGGUCGUCAAACAUAAUUUAAAACACGAUUUUAACUCGAAUGUGACUGGUUCCCGCCCAUGUUCAUGUUUGUGCCAUGACGGGUUGCCUCCCUACAAGAACGCCCAAAGAAGCCUCUCUGAGGGGAAGGGGAGGAGAGAGAAAAGAGGAGGAGAGACUGUAGCAACAGCAGCAGCAGCGGCGACAAGCAGAUUGGGCAAAGGACUGAAAGUACCGCUUUGGAGCCGACAACCUGCUUUUCUACUCUUUCUUUGGGAUUUAAAUUCACGCUUUUCCAAGGAAAGCCUGGGAGGGAUUUGGGAAGUGUGACCUCAUUUCUUUCUCCAUUUCUCCACCAAUCACAAUGUCUGCUCCAGGCUAUCCAGGCUCUCCAAACCAUCCUCCUUACCCACAACCCGGCCAGUCUGCGCCCCCUUAUCCAGUCCCAGUUGGGGGAUACCCAGGAGACCCCAGUCAGGCUCCCCCACCAGGCUUCAGCAUGGGCUACAACCAGGGCCAGCCUCCUGUUAUGUACCAACCGGGCCCUGCUCCAGGUCCAGGACCGGACUACGGCGGCCAGGCAAUGGGAAUGUCUCCAGCUCCGGCUCCUGUCGGCGUCCCGCCCGGGCUGGAGUACCUGACACAGAUCGACCAGAUCCUGAUCCAUCAGAAAGUUGAGCUCCUGGAAGCUUUCAUUGGGUUUGAGACGAACAACCAGUACGAGAUCAAAAACAGUCUGGGCCAGAAGAUCUACAAGGCCAAGGAGAAGAACGACUGCUGCACCAGGAACUGCUGCGGCUCUCUGCGCAGCUUCGACAUGACGAUCAAGGACAACAUGGACAGGGAGGUCAUCCGUCUCGUCCGGCCCUUCCGAUGCGUCUCCUGCUGGUGUCCCUGCUGUCUGCAGGAGAUGGAGGUCCAGGCGCCGCCGGGAACCACCGUAGGGUUCAUCAAACAGGACUGGCAUCCUUUCCUGCCAAAGUUCUCCAUCCAGGGACCAGACGGAGAGACGCUGCUGAAACUGGAGGGGCCCUGCUUCGCUUGCAACUGCUGUGGGGACGUCAACUUUGAGCUGACGGGUAAAGAUGGCGGCUCAUCCAUUGGUCGGAUCAGCAAGCAGUGGAGCGGCCUCUUGAAGGAAGUCUUCACAGACACGGACAACUUCGGCAUUCAGUUCCCAAUGGACCUGGACGUAAAGAUGAAGGCUGUCCUCAUGGGCGCCUGCUUCCUCAUCGACUUCAUGUUCUUCGAGAAAGUGGGAGAGGCUAACCAACGCAGCUCUGUGUUUUCGUAACCGGGUGCCUGAGUCCACCUCUGUUGUCCAGUUCCUGUCUCGGUUUCUUCAGCAGAAGUUCCAGCGUUCAUUUAUAAAUGUAAAAAAAACAACAACAAAAAACAUGAUUAGAUUCAGCAUAUUUGGACUUCAGUCCAAUUUGACCUUAUUUGGAAGGAUGUUAAUGAUUCCCACACUCCGUAGAGUUUUUACACGUUCAUUUAAUUUUUGAUAAAAAAAAAAAUCUUCACCUGUCUUCUAUCAUACUUAGUUCAGCAUAUCCAUUUACUGUUGAAUGUGCUUUCUGCUGCCAUCUCUCUCUCUAUGCUUUUUCUUGUUAUUGACAUUUAUCAAUAUAUAUUUUACAAUUUGUGGUAUUGUUGUCAUGCUCAUGGAGCAUUCAUAGUAGACAUAGUUCAAGUGCAAUAUCCUUUUGGAUGCAGAAGGCGUAUUAAUCACUUUGUUUUUAAAGUCUUGGCAGCAUGUAGCUGAUGCCAUUGUCUGCGUUUGUUCAAAUCGCUUCAGCUCUACAGUUUUGGUUCAGUUAUGAUCCAAUAUCCAUAGAACUAACAAUUUUUUAUUUACCUUUUUUUUAUGUAGGUUACUUACACAGAUAUUAUCCUGUAAAUACGUGUUAUAGUCUAAUGUAGAAUGUUAUAACCAAUCUACCUGCUCAGUGUCGCAUUAUUAGUUUAGCUACUGUUUAGCCAAAGCAACAUUCUGCUAGAAGAAAGCCAAAAGCAGUCUCAGUGUGACUUCUUAGUUUGAGCUUUUAUCUGAAGCCACUAUUCAAACUCUGUGUCAUUUAACUUGAUGGGGAAGUGGUGUUAGUGCUAGUCUGGUUAAAAAAAAAGG